CAUAAGCACGGGAAACGUGACAAACGCUCUGUGUGCAGAGCACAGAGCGCCCCGUGUUUUCGACGUUGAUUUUUGUGCGAAUGCCUGUAUAUUUAAGCACAUGCAUAUGAGAGGGUAAUUAAAGUGACAUUCGCAAGUGAAUUAGUGCUAACUAUGUACAGGGUGCUCAUUUUUAUCCGUUACAGAUUUUUUAUUAAAAAAAAGCUAUAAGAGCAGAGUAGAUGACGCUUAUGCAGAUAAGUAUACGGCUAAGCGGACAUCGUCUCGAAGAGAGUAUGUAAUAAAAGGAGACUAAUUACUUAAAAUUCAUUAAUUACCUCUUUAUUUAGCGUACCUCGGGCAAAAGCGAAAUGGCGGAAUGGGAGACAAUCCCCGUAGAAAGGCAUUACAUUGUUAAAAAGUCCUGAAACGUACACGUGCAUUGAAAUAUCCGUUUCUUUCUGCUUUUCUUCUUUUUUUUUCGUUUUUGUUUUCUUUAUUGGAGAGUGGUUGUCUGUUUAUGGGAUCGAGUAGCCGAAUUCUUUGUGUCACAUGAAUUCAAUCUCUCCCUUUUACUUUUUUUCGCAACAUCAACAUCAUCCACAUCGCCGAAUUUUGCCAUGCAAAUCAGCCGAAACCGAUACCGCGACCAUCGGGAGCGGAGGGCGGACAGCGCUCGUUCCACGUCAGAUGGCCACGUGCUUCGGGGCGAUGGAGGUGAUUGGAGUAGACGCUGAUCUGCUGGCCAGAUCAACCGCUUCUCGGUCCAGAUAAGCCACCGCCGGCCGUUGUGCUGUGUGGGUGUUUUAUCUGGGUUUCCUCAGACGCUUGAAUACAAAUGUCGGCGCAGUUCUCUGUGAAGUCGGCCCAGGACGCACGAUCGGGGGGCGUCGCGGGCCUGCGAUAUCCUGACGUCGCCCGCCUGAGCGUGGCCGACUACGGCAAGCAGUUCCAUACCCACACUAGCCUCAGCGAAGGUAAUGCGCUCUCGUGGCGCGUGGUUUUGGUUUCGGCUCAUUUGCAUAGCGACAGAAUGCCUUUCAACGAGGAUUGUCUUUCAUUCUACCACUUCGCUUUUGCCCAACAUUACCUAAUUAUACGAAAUUAAUUACGAAAUUAUAUGAUUUUAGAGUUAAAUAAUGAACUUUUGGGAGUCAUUUUGUAGUUACAUAUUCUACUCCAGAGGAUGACCGCCUUGCCGUAUAACUCAACUACAAAAACCUAUACUGUUCUCAUAGCAUUAUAUAAAAAGUGUGUACCGGAUAGAAAUUGAACACGCUGUGCAUCACAUGUAGGUAAAAGUACGCGCAUCAUGAUUUGCAGAAAGCGCGGAUCCAAAUAGUAAGAUAAGUUUUUUAGUAAGAUAGUGGUAGUUUUUGUUUUCUAUAAUCAAACUCAAACUCAAUACGGAGGGAAAUGGAGCAUGUAUGUAUGUAGUUGGAAGUUUAGUGGCGCGAGGAGGGAAAUGGACCACAGCGCUCCCUGUGUUGAAUCCGCGCCUUCUGUAAGUAGUGGCGCAGUACCAACAAGCCCAACUUCCUACCUUGUUGAGAAGAUUACAAUAGUAAAUAUUAAGGGUAGUCACCCCCGAUGUUAAUGCGGAUGAGCCUGGCACAGAGUAGGACGAAAAAUAUCCCUGCAAGAAAUCUCAUACCGUGCCCCAGUGUGGGGCGGGCCCGGGCACAAACGAGUCAAACCCUUGCGGCCCAUCGGGAACUUUGCCGGUCGGUAAGGUCUAUGGUCAGCUACUCUUAACCCGGGGCAAUGCGGGGGAGGUAAACAUUGCUUCCAGCACCGUGUGUCGGAGAUUUUAGGCGCGCGGCAAAAGAACCCCAGUGGUCGAAUCUAUCCGCAGUCCUACGCUGCGGCACGUGCAACAUGUCGACCCCCCCCCCCCCCCCCCACUGUCCAGACAAAACUUGCGUGUGACAUCACGGCACCGUUAUGGCCAAUCUCGCCCUGAACUGUGCCAAGGAUGCGCUCAAACGUGAAACCCUGUGAUCUUUUGGGACGUGCGAGCAACCAAUUAUUCACCUCAUUAUUCAGUUCCCCAUCGUCUUGAAACGCUGUGCCAUGCACCAACGUGCACUUUGAGAGCUCCAAAAAAUGUUGCAUUACAUUACAGUGAGUAUCUUUCCGUCAUGUGUUUUUCCGUCCGGAUCGGAGCGGUAUAGGACGGACCACAUUAUGAAUCCGUCUGGCUACGCACGGGCAGAGGCUGAAUUCUUCGCAGCCGCGUCGGGUAGGGCUUCGCGACUUCAGGUCGACUGCGGUCCGAUGCUUCCAGUACCGCGAAGCGCUCAAGCGCGCACGCGCAUAGUUAGCCCGUUGCUGUACCUUGCUGCUUGCGUUGCGGUUCUUGCAGGUAAACAGUGGUCCGCUUCAUGGGAUUCCAAUGUUGUCGAGGUCCUAUCUCGUUGGAAACUUCGGCUAGCGUGUUCAAAGUCUGACUGGCGUCCUGAUACAUGCCUUGCGCACGACACCGCAUCAAGAGUGAACAAGAGGAAGCAGUAUAAAAUACGCUCGCUCGAGUGGACUCUCCCUGUCGAAACAUGUUAGAAGAGAGUGACAAUUGUAAAGCCUGUCGGCUAUAUAUCCGGCAUUUCUUAUCGGGCACUGUCGACAGGGUCCAUAUAACUGGCCGUCAUAAACUGAUUUUGCAGAAAAACAUUCAACACUGACUUUGCCCAUGCCAACGGGCAUGUAGUGAGUGCCUCACAUUCUACCGACUUCAUAGCAAACUGAGAUAUUGCUGUCCAAGUUUAGAGAAGCAAUUUUACUUGCAACACUCACUUCCUCAGUCUAGGACCAUUGAAAGUGUUACGAGAAAGCGUCUCUGCUCCAAACAAGUGGGACACCGCCCUAACACGGGGUUCCUCCGACGCCAUUCUCCUGCUCGCAUUGUACCCAACAGCGUCGACGCCGAUGGCACCUCCAGGAGACAGAGAUGUCUUGUUACACCAGCAAGGAGGUGGUCAUUGCAGACGACGGCUCUACGUAGCCGUUGGUGCAGCAGUCCUCAAUUCCGUGACUUUUGGCAUGUCAUUCAGCUAUUCUUCACCUGCUCUACCUGACAUACGGAAACGGAUUCCAUUCAGCGAUGUUCAGAGUGACUGGUUCGGCAGUUUACACAACAUUGGAGCCGUACUCGGUGCACCAGCCGCAGGACAACUGUUACACGCACUCGGUCGAAAGAACACCGUCCUGCUGUGCACCUUGGGCUACAUAUCAGGUUACCUCAGCAUCCAGGCUCUGCCAGUACCAGAACUCAUGUUUGUUGGUCGCCUGCUCUCCGGAUUCUCAUCCGGUAUGACGUCAGUAGCUGUCCCCGUCUUCAUCUCCGAAAUCAGCCCACCGAGCAUCCGAGGGGCACUCAACCAAACAUACCCACUUACAGUGGCGACUGGAAUACUCCUCAGCUAUGUGUUAGGCAAAUGGUUAGAGUACACUUGGCUCGCCACAGUAUGCAUGAUUCCCCCAACACUCACUGCAGUAAUACUACCUUGGAUGGCUGACUCUCCACGCUGGCUUCUACAAGUAUCUCGCCACGAAGACGCAAGGAACGCGCUCAAUUACUACCGUUACCCCGACAGCGCAGAGGAAGAACUGGUACAAAUCUCAAGGACCAUAGACUGGUAUUCGAAGUCUCCUCUCUCAGAGCUGCGGCAACCGCACAUUCUGAAACCUUUCCUGUGCACACUACUCGCAAUGUUUCUGCAGCGUUUUUCUGGUGUGGGUAUAGUGUUCUUUUAUGCUCAAGACAUGUUUAAGGAUGCCAGUUCAACCAUGGACGCUGCUGAUAGUGCAAUUAUUAUGGGUACGGUGCAAGUGCUGUCGGUUGCAGCUACGGUUUUCACGGUAGACAAGUGUGGAAGAAGGAAGAUGUUGCUCUUAAGCCUAGCCGUUUGUUGUGUUACCCUUAGCCUCUUCGGUGCGUUCUACCACCUCAAGAAGAACGCGAGUGCCGGGUUCGCAGUCGACUACGGUUGGGUACCGUUAGCUUUAAUGUGCGUCUUCGUGGUUGGUUACGCAUUCGGUGUCGGCUCACUGCCUUGGGUGCUCCUGGCAGAGAUGCUACCACUUCGAAUUAAGGGUUUCGCAACGGGUGCCGCGGUGUCCUUCAACUUCCUCUGCAUCGCGCUUGUCACGGCGAAAUACCACGACGCCAUUGCCCUGUUGGGACACGACGGCUUGUACUGGUUUUACGCGGUCAUCAUGGCGGUUGGUUUCGUGCUGAUCGGGAAGUUCCUUCCCGAAACAAAAGGCAAGACCCUGGAAGAAAUCGAAAGUACGUUUGGAAAGCGUACUCUAGAGAUGACCGAUGACGGACAGGUUUGACCAACGGCCUCCUCAACUAUGACGCGACGUUCAUCACGAGCACAAACUGUAUCAUGUAGUUCAAGAGGUCUGUGAAGUAGUGCAAAACAUCGGCUAUACGCCACCAACCUUUUACUUCGUGUGGUCGAGUGACCGCAAACGCAUGUCACGUGCGGUAUCACUCCAGCAAAAUCUCGUUCCACCAUAUCUGCGAUACAGUCACUCAGCGUUACGACGCGGAUUACAUAAUGUGGUACAGGUUACAGGAGUUCAAGGUCUUGCAUCCACUUUACGACCAAAUGCGCAUUAUGUUCUGCAACUGCGUAGCAAAAUGUGUGUGACGUGUACUGGACUAUCUGCGUGCGUGCAAGUAUACUAGUGCAUAUUUCGGGGUCUUAGCUCGCGAGACAACUGUGACCAUAAGCGACGGGAUGGGAGGCAGCAACCACCACUUCUUCUGUGCUUUGGUGUUGUCAAUUGAACCUUAUUUUUCUUUCGCGUCACAGAAGCACAGCGAAAAUUUAUUAAUGCGUUUGCAUUAGGAGUGUCAAAGUGGAAAAAGCUGUAUGUAUGUGUGGGUGUAUGUGCGUGUGUCUGAGAUGGUGAAGCCUCUCCGAGACAGAGGUAUAAGUGGAGAUCUAAAGGGGGAUGAGGGAUAAAUGUAAGUGAAGGCAAAUGAUGAAAUUGAAGUAGUUUAAGGUAAUUAAGAGUAAGGAGUAAGAGUAAUUAAAGGUAAUUAAAACAAGAAAGUUGAAUUUAAAGGUAAUCUCUUUAAGAUAUGUAAGUAAGACAAAAAUUAAUUGAAAGUAAAGAUUACCGAAGGUAAUCGCAGAUUACCUUCGGUAAUUAAAGGGUAGUUGAAAGUAAUUGAGGCUAAUUAAAGGUUAAUUAAGUGGACUUACAUAUACUAAUUGAAAAGUGUCGAACCGGAAGUCAGGUCAGACCGGAAGUGGACAACCGGAAGUCGGGUUUAGAUCGAAAGUGGAUACCUGGAAGUCAAAUAUAGACCGGAAACGGCGCUUAAUGCUAACUUCUGAUAUCACAUUUUUUUUUGCUCUGGACUUCUCUUUGCGUUCAGUUUGGUAGGGGAGCGUGGAGCUAGGUGCAUGGGAGAGGAAAACGAUCGCUACGUUCGGGAACAAUUGAAUUAUGAUAGUGUUUUCGUCUGUUGUGAGUUGCAGCCUCAGAACUGUUACUUUCCGCUAUGUUCGGGAACAAAAAGUGUUAGCGUCGUACUGUAGUUCAAUUUUGUGAAGUCCACACAUCAGUCCGGCAGUACAUAAUACCUUUGUAAAGCUUAUGUGCAUGGAUUCCCUUCUAUCCUAUCAAUUUUCGCUCUGAAUUAUGGAAUGUUUAUUUACGGUUUGCAUAUCAACCUUGUGGAAAUUGUGGCGCACGGCUAUGAGGUGCUAAAUCUGAAAGAACAAAAGUGACAGCACCUGGACAAAAACCCAGGUACAACAUGUGUGCGCAAGUUUGCCGCAGAAUGUUGCAAAAAUGUCCUUACCCACACUGAACGAGGGCGAGACUGCCGCAGAAUACCAGACACUAUACCCAGGAGGAGGGCAGGAGCAUUUUCCAGGUGCCUUAUCGCAAGUGGGCGAAACUAAAGUUAUAUCAUGUACCUACCUAUGUAUGCACGCCAAGAUUUUGGUCUCACACGAAAGCUACACGAGGUCCACAUGAUAACAUAAAUAAACAAGUACUGUGCGUCAACUGCUUCACUUCCAC